AUUUCCCAUCAAAACAGCCCCAGGGGUGGCACUGGAGUGGGGGGGGGGGGGCUGAGGACAACCCAGGGCCAUGUCCCCCCCCUCCUCUUCCUAAUGCCUUCCAGGGCUGAGCCGGGGGCCACCCCCGGGGCCGUCCCUCCCUCCUGGAGCCUGAUUUAGGGGCUGACGCAGCGGUCAGUGUCACUUUGCGGUGUGACACCGGGGCUGCGCUCGGUGCCACUCCGCCGCCACCUCGCCCCCGGCCGCCCCGUUGUUUUUUUUGCCCCAUUUCCCUCUUUUUCAGCCAAGAAGAUGGCGCAGCCCCCAAAGCAUUGCGGGAGCCGAGAGCACAUGGGUGCUGGCAAAGCCAUCGCUGUCCUCACCUCAGGGGGGGACGCACAGGGCAUGAAUGCGGCCGUCCGCGCCGUGGUGCGGGUGGGCAUAUACACCGGUGCCAAAGUCUACUUCGUGCAUGAGGGCUACCAGGGGCUGGUGGACGGCGGGGACAACAUCAAGGAGGCCACGUGGGAGAGCGUCUCCAUGAUGCUGCAGCUG